AUCGUUUUAAAUUUUUGCAGAAGUUUAGUCUAACUUUUAGUGUUGGAGAAGAAAACUUGUGAAGCUUUGGUUUCACGGGUUGAGAAGCUCUUAUAUGUAUGGGAAAUUAGGGGAAAUGAUGCUAAACUUAGCUCCGGGUUUGUUUUGCCAUGUUUGAAAGUGUUUUAGUGUUUAUCGUCAUAUGUAGAAGAAAUUUUACGAGAUUUAGCGUUACUGCAGUUAUUUAAUCGGGUUACCGUCAGGUUUGGGGGAAAUAUUUGUCGCAUAUAGUGCUGGAAGCAUUUAGUUGUCGUUAAAAAGGGCAUAUUGUGAGUUUGCCGGCCAUCCUUUCCAUUUGCUGAGCUUCUUGUCCUGGAAAUUGUGCAAAGAAAGGAAGCUCCUCACUGUUACUUCAAAGGGGUUUUGGGAUCAAACACAUUUACUGAACAGCAAAACUCCGAUGUUGCCCUGGCCAUUUGCAUAUUUUGCUGUGCAUUUUCUCUUUUGACAGAGUAGCAUCGGCGUUCUUGUGGAGUAAUAGCAAUUUGUGGGUAUUUUCCAUUAUUUGUAUAUAUUCAAGCUGUGGGGUUCUGGAUGCAUAUCAGAAUUUGAGGAAAGGAAAUCUUGAGCUGCUUCUGCGAAACUUCUGUAAAGAGCGCAUUUGUCAUGGACAACAUGUAUUAUACUCCACAACAUACUAGGAAAUCCUUUGUAUCUCCAUCCCCUUCACAGACCCCAAGAUCAGAGAGAGGAAGGGCUCACAGGAGUGAAACCAGAGAAUCCAGAGUUGUAGAGGACCUUUCCAAUAGAUUUGACAAGGAGAAAGGAGUCAACGUGCAAGUGCUCUUAAGAUGCAGACCAUUUAAUGAAGAUGAGUUGAGGGCUAAUGCCCCACAGGUUAUAUCCUGCAAUGAGCAGAGACGAGAAGUUACUGUUUAUCAAAGUGUAGCCAGCAAACUAACUGACCGGACCUUUACUUUUGACAAGGUUUUUGGUCCUAAGGCACAACAGAGAACCCUAUAUGAUCAGGCUAUAGCUCCCAUUGUUAAUGAAGUCCUUGAUGGGUAUAACUGCACCAUUUUUGCCUAUGGCCAGACAGGCACGGGAAAAACAUAUACCAUGGAAGGAGCAGGAAGGAAAACAAAGAGUGGAGAUCUCCCCAGUGACGCCGGAGUCAUACCCAGAGCCGUCCGCCAAAUAAUUGAAACAUUGGAAUCUCAGAGUGCUGAAUACAGUAUGAAAGUCACAUUCCUGGAGCUAUACAAUGAAGAAAUUACGGAUUUAUUGGCAACCGAGGACUCUCCUAAGCACUUUGAUGACAAAUCAAAAAAGUCAAUCACUCUCUUGGAAGAUGGUAAAGGUGGAGUGCUGGUGAGAGGCCUGGAAGAAGAGAUUGUAUAUAGUGCAAAUGAGAUAUAUAAUCUGAUAGAAAGAGGAUCUUCCAAGAGGCGCACUGCAGAAACUUUGUUAAAUAAGCAGAGCAGUCGCUCACACUCCAUAUUCUCUAUUACUAUUCACAUCAAAGAAGCAACAGCAGAGGGGGAGGAGCUUAUUAGAUGUGGAAAGCUUAAUCUUGUAGAUCUGGCUGGAUCAGAAAAUAUAUCACGUUCUGGUGCCAGAGAGGGUAGAGCAAGGGAAGCAGGGGAGAUCAAUAAGAGCCUGCUUACACUUGGCCGUGUGAUCACUGCACUUGUAGAGCAUUUAGGUCAUGUGCCUUACAGAGAUAGCAAACUAACAAGGUUAUUGAGAGACUCUCUUGGUGGAAAAACAAAGACUUGCAUAAUUGCUACGGUAUCCCCAUCGGUCCAUUGCCUCGAAGAAACUCUUAGCACACUAGAUUAUGCUUAUCGUGCUAAAAACAUAAAGAACAAACCAGAGGUUAAUCAGAAAAUGAUGAAGUCUGCCUUCAUUAAAGAUCUUUAUAUGGAUAUUGAACGGCUGAAACAAGAUGUGCGUGCUGCAAGGGAGAAGAAUGGUGUUUAUCUUCCAAGAGAUCGCUUUAUACAGGAAGAAGCUGAAAAAAAGGCUAUGACGGAAAAGAUUGAUCGUAUGGAAUGUGAACUUGAUUCCAAGGACAAGCAAAUCAAUGAGCUACAGGAUCUCCAUAGCAUUCAGCAAAGAAUAAGUGCAGAUUUGAAAAAUAAGCUUGAGGCUACACAUAAAAGACUUGAAGAUACUGAGGAAGCCUUGAAAGAUCUCCAUGAAAAAUAUAGACAAGCUAACUGUGCACUUAAAGAAAAGGAGUUUUAUAUCUCAAAUUUGUUACAGUCAGAAAAAUCCCUUGUUGAGCAGGCAUCAGAUAUUCGAUCAGAGCUAGAAAUUGCUGCACAGGAUGUAGAUGGGUUAUUUGCCAAAAUUGAUCGCAAGAAUAAAAUAGAAACUGGAAACCAGAAUCUAGUUCAAACAUUUAAGUCCCAGCUAUUGCAGCAUCUGGAACUCUUGCAUAACUCUGUUGUAGAUUCAGUUUCCGAACAGAGACAACAGCUUAAAAAUACAGGAGAACAACUGCUAUCCUUUGUUUCCACUAAAAAUCAGGCUACAGAAGGAGUGAAAAAUAGGGUGGAAAGCUUGCAGACUAUAUACUGCUCUGGAGUAAAAUGCCUGCACAACUUAGUGAAUGAACUUGAUGAAAAAACGUUGGCAACUUCUGGGAGGGUUAACUUGGCUGUUAGUUCACAGGCUUCAGACCUUAAUAGUCUUCUAGAAAAUGCUGUUUCUGAGGCAAAUGCAAUUCUCUUUGAACUUCAAAGUGCUCUUGAGAAACAGGAGAAGGAAAUAGCUUCCUAUGCCCAUCAACAACAAGAGAGAUUUAAGAGAACUAUGGAGUCUACAAGAGUAGUUUCAAAAGUCACCAUUGAUUUCUUUGAGAAUCUUCACAAGAAUGCACAUACGUUACAUCAAUUUGUUGAAGAAACUCAAACAAUCCAUGACAAGAAUUUAUUGGAUCUUGAGAAAUCCUAUGAGGAGCUUGUAGCAGAGGAGGAGAAACAAACUUUGGAGAAAAUAUCUGAAAUAUUGGCAAGUUCAACGGCUAGAAAAAGCAAACUAAUGUGCACUGCUGUUCAUAACAUGCGAGAAACUACUUCAAAUAAAGCACAUGAAUUGCAAGAAGGAAUGAUGAAUAUGCAAAAUAUCACUUCGACUGCCCAAAAUGAGUGGGAUUUGUACAUCAAACAAGCCGAGGAUAAUUAUCUUGAAGAUGUGUCCUCUGUGGAAGCAGGGCACCGUUGUAUAGAAGAAAUCCUUCAAGAUUGCACUACGAAAACCACCACUGUUGGGAUACAAUGGAAGAACACACAGGUUUCUCUGCAGCAGAGGGGGAAGAGCAACGUUGAAGCAGUGGAUAAUAUUUUGAAGAAAGACAUGGAAGCUAAUCGAGUUGUUCUUGCUGAAUUGGAACACAAUGCAUCUUCGGCUCAUGUAGAAAUCGAAAAUGGAAUGGGAAGUUUGUUGUCCGACAUUAAUGAUUUAUUGAAACUAGAUCACAAUGUAUGCCAAGAUAUUCAACCUACUAUUGCUUCCAGUACGUGCAAUCUUGUUCAAAUGCAAAAUAACCACAAUACUAGGGUGGAUGAUAUAACCAAAGACACGGACACAUAUCUUGUAACAGAAUAUCUGGAAGAUCAGCCAACUUGUACAACACCAAAGAGGCGAUCUAUCUGCAUACCAAGUGUUGACUGCAUUGAAAAAUUACAAACCCCUUGCUUUGAGGAGCUAAUGCAAGCAUUUGGGGAUACAAAAUCUGAAAGACGAUUAAAAUAUGGAAAUGGAGAGGUAAAACAGUUCUAUGCAUCAUCGCCUGAUGUGACAACUGCGCGUGAAGCCAGAGCUCCCCUUUCAACCCGUAAUUGAAUGAACCAUUUUCAAUUAAGUCGCGAUAUUGAACUAAGAUAUUUAAUUGGUCUGAAAGUAAAGCUGGGUUGCUUUGCUGUAUACUAUGUUUGCUGUAUACUAUGUACAUUAUCUCCAGAACACAUGAGUUAGAAUUGAGACAAAUAUAGGGUGGUAACGCUUCAAACUUGAAGCAAUAUCUGGUGCUAACAAGUAGGUUGAAACUGCUUCACACUUGAGGCAGUUGGUGCUCGACAUAACAACUCCAGUGGGAGAUGCUGUAAUCUUAAUGAAUUCUUAUUUUGUUGGGGUCUAUAUGUAAAACAUUUUAGCAACUAUUACUUCUCAAUUAUGUUGUGAAAUUUGGUUACUCCCUUCAGUAGAAUAAUUACAUUAGUUUCUCAUGCUUUGGAUCUGCAUAUUUUUUUGUCCUGUGAAAACGUGUAACAUGGUGAGCUUUGCUGUAUACUAUGUACAUUAUCCCCAGAACACAUGAGUUAGAAUUGAGAUAAAUAGGGCGGUAAUGCUUCAGACUUGAAGCUAUCUGCUGCUAACAAAUAGGUUGAAACUGCUUCACACUUGAGGCAGUUGGUGCUCGACAUGUAACAACUCCAGUGGGAGAUGCUGUAAUCUUAAUGAAUUCAUAUUUUGUUGGGGUCUAUAUGUAAAACAUUUUGGCAACUA